GUUUAUCAGCAGCCAAAACCUGAAAUACAAGAAUGAGAGGAGGGAGAAGCGCAGCCAGCACAGCACUGCCUUCCAAAGUUCACCUGUACACACACCUGCAGAUGAGCACUCCUUCAGCCUGAGCUCAUCAGAGAUGGAAGGGUGGACGGAGACGGCGGACGGCUUGACGUGCUCUCCAACCUAGCAGAGCGAAGAAGGACAGAAAUAGCAGGAAACGAUGUGAUGUUGAUCUGUUAUCGCUGUGGUCUUUCAGGAUUGCUGUGAUUGUCUGUUUGGAUUACUGAACUUGACUCCUUCUGUAGUGGAUCAUAAUCUACAACACUGGAUUUUCCUGUCCCUCAAAUGCCUCUCGGUCUGGAUAUGUGGCCUCUGGUCCUCCUGCUCCUCUGCUGCUCUGGUUACUGGUGCCACGACUGCAACAUGACGAGGCUUUAUUUUGAAUCCCGCAAUUUUCACAGCAUGCUCUAUUGGGAUGAAGUGGACAUCCCUGGUCAGAAUGUCCUGUACAGCAUCGAGUAUAAGCAAUAUGGAGAAUUGUGGCAUCCGAUGGUCGAAUGCCAGAACAUCUCUGCAACUUCCUGUGACUUCAGCUCCGUUAUAACUGAUAUUUACAUGGAAUAUUACGCCAGGAUUAUGAUCAACAGCAUGUGCUUUGAGACCUAUAAGCCCUUCAUUCCUAUACAGCUGACCACACUUGGAGCUCCAAAGGUGUCAGUUAGCACUGCUGAAUCCUCUUUUACUGUGAUGGUCACAACUCCAAUGGGACCUCAGAACAAAUCUGUUAAGGAAAUCAGCCGCGACAGCUCUGGGCAACUACAUGUUAACUACGAGGUCCGCCUCACACACCCAGCAUCCAAAGCUCAACAGAAGGGGACACGAAACACAUCUGGCGUGAUCACUCUAAGCAAUUUGGAGGUAAACACAGAGUACUGCGGCACUGCAUUCUACCUGUGGACCCAUCCGUCCAGUCUGAAGCAGAGUGAGAGCACCACCUUCUGUGUGACUGUCCCAGCUAAGCCCUGGAUGCACAUGUUCAUUGUGCCUGGUUUAAUAGCUCUUUUCCUCCUGAUUACCUUGGCCUUGGUCUUGUGCCAGCUGUAUGUUACAAGGAAGAGUCAUCUGCCUCAAGUGCUGAUCAUGCCAAAGAGUAACAAUCCUCCAUGUUAUUCAGAUCCUAAGGUGAAGUUAGAUGAUGUGAGGAUAUGCUCGGAAUCUCCAUGGAAGUUUGACAAGCCCGAGCCAGGCUUGUGUCCUGUUAUGGAGGAGUCAAAAGAUGUAAAUGAUGGGGGCAGUUAUGCCGCCCAGGACUGUCAUGGCCUUCCUUGGCGAUGUAAUUCUUACACCAAUCAGCAGGUUGUACCGGUCGAAAACUGCAGCCAAAGCAAUGACUCUGCAAUCAGCUACAGUAUGGUGCUGACUUCUAUGGUCCCAAAGGAGUCGCCCAACUCUGCUAAUGAAAGCAGCAAGCUUCCAGGAACAACGUCCUGCGCUGGAGGUGGUAGUGACCUACAGAAUGAACGGCCAGCCCAAGGCUGGGACGAGAAGCACCCAGACUCCAAUAGCGAGCCUUUAGUGCUGCCAGUGUCACGUGUUGCCAAUGGAAAACUUGAAUUCUCUCAGUUAACAUUCCUUCCUGAGCUUCAGAGCCCUUCAGGAUUAUUGGCCAACACCUCAGAAAUCACACCUCUCAUAACAGGAUUGACCUCAGCUGGAGAAAGGACUCCUUUGUUGACUGAUCUCAUCACCAUGGACAAGACGGAAUGGUCGAACGGUGGAUUAGCUUCCGAUUAUGGAAGAGCCUACUUCCCAAAUUAUGUUCAGCAGAACUGUCCGGUGGUACCCUCCACUGAUGCCAUUCCUUUAGUGUCAUUAUCUGACUGUACUUCAAGCUACAGGCAGAACUGGGUACCAGGAAUACCCCUGGAGUCUCAGUUCAGUAACAGUGAAACUGAGCAGUUGACUGAAUCGGAGGAAGAGGAGGAGGAAAAGGAGUCACUGUCGAGGUUGGGCCCCAUCUUUGUAGAUGGAUUGGUGGUUCAAAUCCAAGGAUAGUGUCUUUUUCUAAAAAUACAUCCUGAGAUAACUGUGGGAAUGCUAAUGCUCACACUUGCUAAUGCUGUUAAUAAUGAAGUUAUCAAGGGUCAGUUAGCUUUAUGCUAAUGAGUUUGUGCAAACGGCUCCCCUAGCUUAGCAUGUUCUCAUAAAGUGCCACAAAUGUGAUACUACUGUUUUUUUCCUUUUCAUGGAAAUCAGAUUUGAGCCAAUUUCAUAAGUUCUCCUAGAUAAGAUGUGUACCACUAGCAGAAUGCUAUUGUUUCUCCCAAAUAUGCUAAUGUUGCUUAUAAUGAAUACAAACUAGCCUGUUUGUGCCUCAUGUUAACCAUUGCACCACCUUAGUAUUUGGGUGAAGUAGCAUUAGCAUUAGCAUUUCUAGGUAAGAGAGAGAGAGCGAGGAGCAGGCUCAGCUGAGGGGCAAGCUGCUGUCAGUUUAGGAGCUGGAGUGAAGGACGAUGAAUGCUAAGGCAGGUGCUGAAAGCUCAGCUGGACACAUCACUGGUAAUCCGUGAAGGCUUCCCACAUCAGAGUGUAGGAAGUGGGACAUGUUCUCCCCUGGGAAGAGUCUCAUAUUGGUAGCUUUUGUAGAGCUACUCUGAAUUGGUCCUGGAGGAAUACUGCACUGUUUGACCUACACAGAUACACUUACACCUCAACACAGAAUCAUCAAAGAGGAGGCAAUUAAGUGGAGAAAUUAUAAUUUUGUAGGCCUAAUUGGGAGACACCAUCAGCAAUACCUAUCAUUUUGUAGGCCUAAUUGGGGGACACCACCAACAUUACCUAUAAUUUCGUAGGCCUAAUUGGGGGACACCACCAACAUUACCUAUAAUUUUGUAGGCCUAAUUGGGAGACAACACCAGCAUUACCUAUCAUUUUGUAGGCCUAAUUGGGGGACACCACCAACAUUACCUAUAAUUUUGUAGGCCUAACUGGAAGACACAGUCCACAUUAACUAUUUUUUGUAGGCCUAAUUGGGAGACACAACUAGCAUUAACUAUCAUUUUGUAGGCCUAAUUGGGAGACACCACCAGCAUUAACUAUAAUUUUUUACAAAAUAAUGCAAAUAAAACGAUACCAACCCCUUAAAUGGCCAGGGCCUGCUGGCGGGCCUAAAGUUAUAUUACAUAUUUCUAUAACCUAACAAUAUCUCGAUCAGAUUACACCGAAGUCCCUGUAGUUACUGAAUGAUAAUUUUUAUUUAAUAUGUAAUAAGGCUGGGAUUUUUAAGAGGCUUAAAAAAAACAUACUUUUUGGGUUUCUUGUAGCUCAAGGAGCCUAAGUGACUGUUUGUACUGCCUAAGGAGGUGGAAGCCAAUGAUGUCGCAGAAAUUCCAGUCAGAUUUUGUGGAAGGCACUGGCCACCUUGACCACCCCUUUAAAAUCAUAAAAACUGUGCAUGUCAUGCAGCCCUACACUACAGUGUGCAGUGCUACAGUCCUCCAGGACUGAUGUUGAGUAUUACUGGUGUCUGAAUGGCCAGUUCUAGUUUGCACAUACAAAAGUUACAGAAUCUCUAGCAUUUUUGCCUCACCGUGCACCAGCUGCAUGAAUCGCUCUGCACUUUGACAGAAACAGCAUGUCCGUAGCACCACAUAUUACUUACAUGGUCUCGUAUGAAGGCCAUGGGCAAGGCUGAAUGAAAGACCACAGGUCCACUACUGUGCGCAAGUCAGAGACCACCCUUCAUUUGUUUAUUUCCAUUUCAAAUGGCCAUUAAGUAUAAGUAUAUUUAACUCAAAAUUCCACAGAAGCCUCAAUAACUAAAUAUAAUAGCUGAACUUUGGUGUUGGUGAAGACUUUUGAGAGAAACAUGGACAGCGAAAAGAAUGAAUGGGGUCCUCGACCAAAUCAGGCUUCAUUUCUGAUUCAAAGCCCCACACUGAAGCUCUUAUUUUGGAAGAUAUUCUGAAAAGAACUAGUUCCUUGGAAAAGGCCUUUAUGCUUGCAAAGUAAAACAGGAAGAGCACGACCAGAUAUAAGAUGGAUGGAGGCCGUUAAAGUAAUCAUGAACUGGCCAUGAAGGCUGAAAGCCCAAACAGAAGAAAGGGCAUUCUGGAGAAACAGUAUCUGUAUGGUGACCAGGGGUUGGACACAACUUGACAGCACUUAUAAUAAUUGUAACAUGGAGCGAGGAGGCAGACGCAUACGCUGAGAUAAGCGACUUUUAUUAUGGACAAAUCCAGGGUCAUGGUCAAAACGGUCCAGAUUCAAACAGCCGAUACGGAGAGCAGGAGGGGCAGACAUGACAAAAUUAACACACAACCUCAAACAAGAACCCAACACCACAAGAAUACAAUACAAUACAGCCAACAUAUCAAACACAAUCAAAGAAAGACCAGCACUCGACUAAGGAAAACACAGGGCUUAAAUACAAGAGGGCUAACGAGAGUCAGGUGGGAAACAGGUGGUAACAAUCAGGGGUGGAGUCAGACAACAAGGGGGCUGGACUAAACCAAAACAAA